AUGGCUUCAUCACCUGGCUCUACUGCUGCCGUCCCAACGGCCACAUCCUCAUCAAUCAGCUCAUCUAGCAGUUCUUCAUCUACUACUUCAUCUCUUCCAACCUCAACUUCGACUUCUUCUACUAGUUCGACAUCUUCGUUUUCAUCAUCAUCAUCAACAUCAUCCAGCUCGAGUACGACCUCAUUGCUGCCGACGUCAACAAGCUCGUCAUCAUCAUCAACAACAAGCAGCUCGUCAUCAACGACAUCUAGCACUACUUCAAGUAUCUCUUCCACCUCAACGACCUCGUCAGAUCCUACUACGUCGAUUGGACAGACCACCGUAUAUGUCACCUCGACUUCGACGUCCCCUCAGACAUCAUCGACUUCAGACUUGUCUUCCUCUACUACCAGCUCCUCAUCUACCGGGACUGCCGCACCGACACAUACAGGCUCUGGCUCCUCAGGCUCCGGUGGACUUUCAGCGGGAGGUACCAUUGCAGUAGCGGUUGUGGUCCCUGUCGCAUCAGUUGCCAUUAUUAUUUGUGUUCUGCUAUGGUGGUGGAGAAGACGCAAAGCCAAUAAGCUGGCAGAGGAGGAAAGGCGGAAGGAAGUGGAGGAGUAUGGAUUCAAUCCGAAUAACGACUCAAGCCUUGCGGGCGUCGCAGCAGGAGGUGCCGCCAUGGGCAACUCAUACGGCGGUUCCCAGGAUGGCAGCUCCGGGUAUAGGGGCUGGGGAACGACUUCUCAUCCUCGCAAGCCGUCGACGAAUCUAUCCAGCAUCCCCCUAUCAGAAACUAGUGCGAUGCAGUAUAAUGAAGGUUCUAUGAGGCCCGAGUCUGGCGAAGCAGGCGCCAUGGGAGCCGCAGUAGCCGGAGCACAGAAUAGCGAUAUUCGUCGUGGCACGUCCAAUGCCUCUUCGGCUUAUUCAGCGGGCGUUCAUUCUGAAGGGUCAGAGGAUAUGCACAUGGGCGGCUCAGUACCGAAUCAAUAUUAUGACGAGGGCAAUCCGUACUAUCAUGACAUUCACAACUCACAAACACCCUACGGCGAUCCCGCUUACGGUAUGGGGGGACCAGUGAUCCGAGAUGUCCAAGCACGACGAAAUACUCGCAUUGAAAACCCGGGCGUCUAUCCGCAGCAAGGCAAUGCCGGCAUCGCUCAGAAUUUUUAA